AUGGCGCGCAACUCAGAAAAGGCCCAGUCGAUGCUCUUCCGCUUCCGCGAAGCGCAGGCCGCCGACUUGGGCAUCAUCGACGGCGGGCGGGCGCGCCGACCACGGGCCAUCACCGAACAAGACAGCAUCCCCGCGUGCGAGAAGUGGCGGGGCCAGGUCCUCAAGGAGAUCUCGCGGAAAGUGUCGCGCAUCCAGGACCCGGCGCUGUCCGACUACGAGAUCCGCGACCUCAACGACGAGAUCAACAAGCUGAUGCGCGAAAAGCACAUGUGGGAGGUGCAGAUCCGCAACCUGGGCGGGCCCAACUACAUGCGUGCCGGGGGGAAAGUGUAUGACGAGGCCGGCAGGGAAAUACAGGGCGGCGGGAAGGGGUACCGGUACUUUGGGCGAGCGAAGGAGCUGCCGGGGGUCAAGGAGCUGUUUGAGGCGGCUGCGAAGGCCAAGCAGGAGGACGAGAAACCGCUCGAGGAGAGGGCGGAUCUGAAGAGGCAGGUGAAUGCGGCGUACUAUGGCUAUGCGCCGGGGGAGGAGGACGACGAGUUGUUGGAGUAUGAGCGGACGCGGGAGAAGAUGGCGGUGGAGACGUUGGCUAAGGCCGGGCCCGCCGAGACGCCGCCCGGGUGGGAGGCCCUACCGGGAGAUGUCGGAGAUGGACGGGUGUGGGAUCUGCCCACGCUGGACGAGGUGCAACAAGAGUUGGUCGAGCGGAGGAGGAGAAAAUUACUGGAUCAGUUAUGA